UGGGGGCUGCUGGGAAAAGGCUGGGGUUCUUCCCACGCGCGGACCUUCAUCUGUGCAUAAGGACGAGUUCCUAGUAGUGGAAUCUCUUCUACCAGAACCCUACUGGUGAGCACUUAUGAUGCAGCUAGAGUCUCUUUUGCACAGUGGCUACUUCCACCCUGUGCUGCGCUCGUGGCAGACGUCAGCCACUGCUUUUGACGCCACCAAUCUCAUCUACCCCAUCUUCGUUACAGACAGCCCUGAUGCCGUGGAGCCCAUUCCCAGUCUCCCUGGCCAGGCCCGGUAUGGAGUCAACAAGUUGGAGGAGAUGCUGCGCCCCCUGGUGGCUGAUGGGCUGAAGUGCGUUCUGAUUUUUGGUGUCCCGACGAAAGCAGCCAAGGAUGAAGGAGGCUCUGCAGCCGAUGCGAAGGACACACCGGCGAUCCAGGCUGUGAAGAUGAUCCGGUCUGAAUUCCCAGAGCUGCUGAUAGCCUGUGAUGUCUGCCUGUGCCCAUACACUUCCCAUGGGCAUUGUGGUAUCCUUCGGGAGGAUGGCACCCUCCAGAAUGAGGCCAGCUGCCAGAGACUGGCAGAGGUGGCACUGGCUUACGCCAAGGCAGGAUGCCAUAUUGUGGCCCCCUCGGAUAUGAUGGACGGACGUAUCCGUGCAAUAAAGGAGGCCCUGAUCUCCAAUGACAUGGGCAACAAGGUUUCGGUCAUGAGCUACAGUGCCAAGUUUGCUUCCUGCUUUUAUGGACCUUUUAGAGAUGCAGCCCUGUCCAAACCCGCCUUUGGAGACAGACGGUGCUACCAGCUUCCUCCAGGGGCUCGAGGAUUGGCUGUGCGAGCAGUGGACCGGGAUGUGCGAGAAGGAGCAGAUAUGCUAAUGGUAAAGCCAGGGAUGCCCUAUCUAGACCUUGUGCGGGAAGUCAAGGAUAAACACCCCGCCCACCCGUUGGCUGUUUAUCAUGUCUCAGGGGAGUUUGCCAUGCUGUGGCAUGGAGCACAAGCUGGGGCCUUUAACCUGAAGACUGCAGUUCUGGAGGCCAUGGCGGGAUUCAGACGAGCAGGGGCUGACAUCAUCAUUACAUACUAUGUGCCUCAGCUGCUGCAGUGGCUUAAAGAAGACCAGGCGUGAGGCAUGCGUCUCCCUCGUCCCUGUGAUGGGAGAGCAAGGAGGAGCUUGGAAGGGGGCUGGCAACAAGGGGGCAGGCACCAAAAGAAUUUUUGGGAGAUCAAGCACGGCCUUGGUGUGGGAACCCUCCUGCCUGCAGUGCCCCUUAGACACCAAAGGAAUAAUCCCUCCUAAAGGGCUGUUGUAUUCAAAUCCUGAGGCCCUUCCAUCCCGAGCUGGUGGUGCACCCUUCUCUUAAACCCAGGACUAUUUCCACAAAAUGUGUAUGUUUAAAAAUGCCACAAGCAAGGAAUAGUUAAGCUCUUUGCCCUACACAAAUCCUUGCCGCAUCAGUAGUAGAUUAAUUGGAAGUGUUGGUACAGCAGGAGUAGAUGCUCAUAAAGGUGCCAUUCAACUGUGAAGGCCGGACUGAGGCCUUGUGGGAAUAAGGCCAGCCCUUUCUCUGUGAUCCCCUAAUUCAAAAUCUAACUGGGAUAACCAGUGCUCCUUUAUUCCACAAACUACCACAAACAUGCCAAAACUGCAAAAGAGUGGCUGUAGGACUGACUAUAGAUGCUCACUGGUACCUUUAUGGUUGCCAGGCAUAUAGACUCAUCCUGUAUGUGAGGGAUGGGGUUAUUUUGAGAUUAUGGGCCAGAUUUUAGAUGGCUUCUGAUGUGACCACUACUUUUUCCCUGGUAGGUUUCCUAUGUUUUUAACCAGCAAUAUGAUUAGAAAUCUAGGGCAGUUUCUCUCACUGAAAUGGGCCUUUUUAUACACAACAGCUGGCCAAUAAAUGGACUAUGACUUGAUCAGUUAAUCACUAGUUAAAGUAGACUGCAGAAUUGGGGUGACUCGUAGUCCCGAUGAAGCCACUGGGGCCAGGCUAAGCUUGGCAGAUGAGCAACUGGUUUGAAGCUUAAGUGUAUUUGAGCGCACAAGCAUUUGCCCUUUAAUGUGUACUUUGACCACUAAUGAACUGCCCCCCCCCCAAUACAUUGUUUCCUUGGACAAUGAGAAUAUCACCUACACCUCCUACGGAGCCAGAGCCUUUCUUUGUAUCAUUUUAGAUUAAACUUUGGAGGGAAAGUAAAAAAUACUGAUAUUUUCUGGAAGUCGUGGCUUAUUUGGUUCUUACAGCAGCAUGCAGGAGGAAGGAGGGCUUUUAAGGAGGAUAUUGCUCUGCAUAUGGGCAGGCAAGGAGGAAGGCUACACUAGUAGUGGUAUGUGGGAGGAUGCUGAUAUAGCUGUGUAAAAUUCUUGUUUAUGGAGGGUGUAUUCUGCCUGUAGGAAAUUCUCAACUCCUGCUGGGCCAUCUGUGAUUUCACGAGUUGCUGUCCCCACACUUUCAAAUCUAUUUUCCCUCUGUCUAUGAAUUUUUUUAAAAAAUUAAAGUUCCCUGCCUUUCUGCCCUAAGGUUGCCAACCUCC